UGUGGUUCUUUUAAAGUUUGUGUUUGUUCGCAGAAGGUUCGCUUCAGAUAGAACUUCAGGAAAAUGUCUGACGCCGAAGGGGGAUAUUGAAAGCAUUGUGGCACAAGAGAAAAUUCUUGAUUUACUCUAGAAAUUGAGAGUCUACUGGUUAACUUUGGUGGUCCUCAGAUAAAUGUUAUCCUUUUUUAACAUGAAAACAACUGAUUAUUUUGGGACCUGCAAAGUAAACACGUGUUAACUCGAGGAUGUUUUUAGAGAGGAAAUCCCCACUCAGGCCCCAGCAACUGGGGGAGCAAUGGACGUCAACCAAGCCCUACAACAAGUCCUUAAAAAUGCCCUAAUUCAUGAUGGAGUUGUUCACGGACUUCACGAGUCUGCCAAAGCUCUAGACAAGAGACAGGCUGUUUUAUGUAUUUUGGCGGAGAAUUGUGAUGAACCAAGGUAUAAACAGUUAGUACAGGCACUUUGUGCCGAACAUCAAAUUGAUUUAAUCAAGGUUGAUAACAAUAAAAAACUAGGAGAAUGGUCAGGUUUGUGUAAAAUUGACAACACAGGAAAGGCAAGGAAAGUUGUUGGAAGUUCAUGUGUAGUGAUUAAGGACUAUGGUGAGGAAUCCCUUGCGUUGGAUGUCCUUAGAGGAUACCUAAAGAAUGCCGCAUAAUAUGUUAUCUAAUUUUUUAAUAUAAUAAAAUGUAUACAAAUAA